CCCAGUGCUUGAGCACUCGUAGCCCUACCCAUAAGCCUAGCCUGCUUGAGUGAUUUAAUCCCAAUAAAAAGUAACCCUAAUUCAGUUUGUAAAUGAAAAAUCAGAGAGGUCCUUGAUUAGGGUGGAGGGAUGAAGGGAGAGAAAAGAAGACGUGGAAACAUUCCACAAGAGAUUGUAGACGAAAUUUUGACGAAGCUUCCGGUGAAAUCGCUGGUGAGAUUCAAAGCUGUAUCGAGAGAAUGGAGAGGAACGAUAGAGUCAAAGUUUUUCAUAGAGAAACACAAUCAGUAUCAGAAAUCUCUACAAUUAAGGCAAGUGAGAAUAAUCUUAUUAUCAGAAGAAAAAAGAUACAAUGGUCUUGCUCUAGAAAAUAUGUUGAUUUCUUCCAGUGGGAUCGUACCUGUUUCUCCAUAUCUACCUAUUAGGGCAUUUAACCGGUUUGAUGGUUACAAAAUCUCUAAGCCUUGCGAUGGUUUGAUUUGUCUAUACACACAUACUCGUAUAUUUAACCUUGUGAAUCCUGCCACCACUAGCCGCCGCAGACUCCCUAAACCCACCUCUAUUGUCUGUGACGGUGGGCAUAGGGUAUUUACUUUGCUAGGGAUCGGAAGAGAGAAUAGUGUGAGUCCAAGGUAUAAGCUAUUGUGGUUUUUCGAGUUUGAUAACAGACGUAUGAAUAAAUCUACUAGGUGCAUGGUUUUUGCUCUUGACACCAACACUUGGAGGAACGUAGAUCCGCCUAAAUGUCGAGUUCACUAUGACCAUCCUCAAAUACACUUGGAUGGAGUAAUGUAUUGUUUCACCCACAACAUGGAACAGCAAAGUUACUUUGAAAAGGAUCUCAAGUUAUUAGCUUUUGAUCUUCACACAGAGACAUUUGAAAGCAUUUCAAUUACUCCGGAUAUCGGGUGUAGAUUCUGCCGUGAAUUAAGCAUGUGUGUUCUUGACAAUCGUAUAUGCAUCUUUAAGAGACUUGUUGAUGAUAACGAUCGUUUUUUCAAGAUCUGGGGUCUAGACGUACGCAAGAGAACAUGGGAGAUGAUGUAUUCCAUAGAUUUGUCUUGUUUUCCUCCAGAAUUCAAAGAGUGGAGAAUCAUCCCAAUGGCAACGAUCAACAAUUAUGUCAUCCUUUCAAAUUUUAAACGUACCAUCUGGGUCCUCUACGGUUCCAAAAACUGUAUUUUAUAUCGCACAUCUUUUUCUUUUCAAUUCUUAAUGUCUUAUUUUGAGACUCUAGUCUCUCCUUAUCAAUAACAAUUUUGUAACUUUUACUUAUUGAUUAACUACAGACAUUCGAAAUUUGAGAA